AUGGCAACGCUAAUCGAGACAACAUGCUUACUUUUGCACUGCUUUUGCUUCCUCUUUCUCAGUAUUCGAAAUGAGACACCCAAACUCAACAGCAUGCAUACCCAUGAGAAUUUAGUGACACCGACGACUUUCGAGAUAGGUCAACUGAGCCGCUUUCUUUUGGAUAAAGAGAACCAUGGACAGUCCUUGGGUAUAUGCUUUCACGAAUGGUCUAAAGCUGAGGUUGCAAAUCAAUUUUCAAGGAAGGUAAAUACCUGUCUUGUUGAUAUCAAAAACCGUAAAGCUCUUGGCUCAUUUUUAUCCGAAGAGGAAGUGAUCCUCGAUUACUACAACUGUCUAUUGAGAGCAGAGCUUUCCUAUCUUCGUAAAGCCAAGAGAUCUCAGUUUCCAUUUGAGUUGGAGUUGCCCACUGCCGAGAGUGCAAUGCUAUUCAAGUCAAAAGCCGCGAGCUUCAUAAUGGGGCUAUUCUUUCUAACUUGGAUGCUGUCCUCAACUACACGGCUCGAGCAAUUGAGAGAAAAGCUAAUAUUGUCGAGGUGUCGCCCGUUGAAGAAUUUACGCAUUUCCGGCUUCCGCCCAUCGAUGGGCCAAUUGAGUCGAUUUGGAAGCAAGAUCAUAGGCAAGUACCGCGAGCUAAAUCCAUUUUCAAAGCUUGAGGCAAAUUUGAGUGAGCGGUGCAGUUUCUCUAGUUUCGGUGAGACGAGGGUUGAUGGUAAAACGCCAGAGGCGCGCGAUAAAGUGCAGAGUCAUGGAAAAGAAGCUGAUGUGACACUUAAGAACGAGGAGUUGACUAACGUCGUGGAUACGGGUAUCGCAUUGAAAGAAGUUUCGAUCAAUCUCAUGCCUAAGAACAGAGCCCUAGUUUUUGACCUGACAACGAAAGAGGGCAGAAAAGAAUGGAAGACAUAUAUCAGCAGAGACAAAUUUAAGCAAAUUCCACAAGAGGAACGAACUUGUGCUCACCACAAUCUCACAGCCAACGGAGUAACAUCUCUCACAGACCCGCACCUUUCAACUUCACUUGAACUGGACGCAUCACUCGAAAAUGUACCUCUCUAUGACAAACACGGUAAACCCUUGCGCAGGGUCUGUGUACCAGGAAUAGGUUGGAUUUCGAGACGGAAGUACCUUGAGCAGCGCGCCUGA